GGGAACGUGUACGGGUAGCGACAAACGACACAAUUAAUCGAUUUGCGAGACGAACAGGAAGCGGAAACUAGCGAAGCGCUACCUAGCUUAGCAACAGAUAGCUCGUAUCAGGGAAUACAGAUCUGGUUAGCUGCAACUAUGGAGUCCGGAGAUACAGGGAGAGGAGGCUGGAACAACAAGUUCCGGCCAGCCCAGAAGAACAGGACGAGUGUGAACAUUCUCCGUCAGGAGGAGCUGAUCGCCCAGAAGAAGCGGGAGAUCGAGGCUAAGAUGGCAGAGCAGGCCAAGAAAAAGAGCCUUCAGACUCCCAACAAGCCAUUGCCACCAAGUUUACACAGUUUACAGGGACACUCUUCGAACAACAACAAGUAUGUGAACGAUGGAAGCUUCUUGCAGCAGUUUAUGAAGCUUCAGAAGGACAAACCCAGCUCUGACUCUGGCUCCAGUAGUGACACCAAAGCCCCGUCAUCAUCCACCCCCAGUCCGUCGUCAGGAGUGUCUCAGCCCCAGAUGAAGAGCAUUCUCAUCGGCAAGCGCCCCGGUCUAGGGAUCAGCAGCAUGCUGAACCAGUUUAAGAACUACUCCCAGUCCAAGAAGAACCCACUUCGCCCCCAAAGACCUAGCAUAUUCAGCUUCCCAGAUGAAGAUGAUGAUGAUGAUGAGGAAGUUGAUGACUCAAGCUUCCUAGAAAUCAAAGUCUUUCCCCCAGAAGACCCAGACACACGACUUAUUCUGGACAAGAUGGCGGCCUUUGUGGCUGAGGGAGGGCCUGAGCUAGAGAGGAAGGCCAAAGAGGACUACAAGGACAACCCUGUUUUCUCAUUCUUGUAUGAUAAUAACAGCCGGGAUUAUCUUUAUUACCGAAAGAGAGUUGCUGAACUCCGAAAGGAUCACUCAAAACAUGAGACGCCAUCACGUUCUCAUGUCUCCCCCCCAGUGGACGAGGAGACACAGAGGGUGGCUGAGAAGCUGGCCAUGUUUGUGGCCGAUGGUGGCCCCGAGGUGGAAGCCAUCGCCGCCCAGCACAACCAGGAAAACCCCACCUUCAGUUUUCUAUAUGACCUCCAAAGCCCCGCCCACCGUUUCUACAAGAAGGUGGAGGAGUACCGCCAGGCCAAAAAUGCCCAGAGCCCCCAUCCAAUGAUUAAGCAGGAGCCUGGGGUGGAGCUCAAGAGACCGGCCGCCCCUCCCCUGACCUAUCCUCCCCCUCCUCCGCCCCCUCACUACCCCUACCUGGUGGGUCAAGUAAAGCUGGAGCCGGGUCUGGGGAUAAAACAGGAAGUGUCAGGUCCGCCCGUGGUGAAGAGGAAGAGCCGCUGGGGGUCGGAGGACGACAAGGUGGAUCUGUCACUGCAACCCAUCAUCAUCCCCAAGGAGGAGGAGCCAGAGCCCAGCCCGUGUCCCUCUGUUAAUGAACUGAGGGAUCUGGGCUAUAAGAAGGGAAAGCCUAUGGGCCUGGUGGGAGUGACUGAGCUCUCAGAUGACCAGAAGAAACAGCUCAAAGAGCAACAGGAGAUGCAGGAGAUGUUUGACAUGAUCAUGAAGCAUAAGCGUGCGAUGGCGGAGAUGCAGGAGAAGGCGGUGCAAGACCACUCCCACGAGUACGACAGUGACGAGGAGGUGGACCAGCAGGCUGGCACCUGGGAGCACCGCCUCCGGCACAUGGAGAUGGAGAAAACACGUGGGAGAGGAGGCUGGAACAACAAGUUCCGGCCAGCCCAGAAGAACAGGACGAGUGUAAACAUUCUCCGUCAGGAGGAGCUGAUCGCCCAGAAGAAGCGGGAGAUCGAGGCUAAGAUGGCAGAGCAGGCCAAGAAAAAGAGCCUUCAGACUCCCAACAAGCCAUUGCCACCAAGUUUACACAGUUUACAGGGACACUCUUCGAACAACAACAAGUAUGUGAACGAUGGAAGCUUCUUGCAGCAGUUUAUGAAGCUUCAGAAGGACAAACCCAGCUCUGACUCUGGCUCCAGUAGUGACACCAAAGCCCCGUCAUCAUCCACCCCCAGUCCGUCGUCAGGAGUGUCUCAGCCCCAGAUGAAGAGCAUUCUCAUCGGCAAGCGCCCCGGUCUAGGGAUCAGCAGCAUGCUGAACCAGUUUAAGAACUACUCCCAGUCCAAGAAGAACCCACUUCGCCCCCAAAGACCUAGCAUAUUCAGCUUCCCAGAUGAAGAUGAUGAUGAUGAUGAGGAAGUUGAUGACUCAAGCUUCCUAGAAAUCAAAGUCUUUCCCCCAGAAGACCCAGACACACGACUUAUUCUGGACAAGAUGGCGGCCUUUGUGGCUGAGGGAGGGCCUGAGCUAGAGAGGAAGGCCAAAGAGGACUACAAGGACAACCCUGUUUUCUCAUUCUUGUAUGAUAAUAACAGCCGGGAUUAUCUUUAUUACCGAAAGAGAGUUGCUGAACUCCGAAAGGAUCACUCAAAACAUGAGACGCCAUCACGUUCUCAUGUCUCCCCCCCAGUGGACGAGGAGACACAGAGGGUGGCUGAGAAGCUGGCCAUGUUUGUGGCCGAUGGUGGCCCCGAGGUGGAAGCCAUCGCCGCCCAGCACAACCAGGAAAACCCCACCUUCAGUUUUCUAUAUGACCUCCAAAGCCCCGCCCACCGUUUCUACAAGGAGAAGGUGGAGGAGUACCGCCAGGCCAAAAAUGCCCAGAGCCCCCAUCCAAUGAUUAAGCAGGAGCCUGGGGUGGAGCUCAAGAGACCGGCCGCCCCUCCCGUGACAUAUCCUCCCCCUCCUCCGCCCCCUCACUACCCCUACCUGGUGGGUCAAGUAAAGCUGGAGCCAGGUCUGGGGAUAAAACAGGAAGUGUCAGGUCCGCCCGUGGUGAAGAGGAAGAGGAAGAGCCGCUGGGGGUCGGAGGACGACAAGGUGGAUCUGUCACUGCAACCCAUCAUCAUCCCCAAGGAGGAGGAGCCAGAGCCCAGCCCGUGUCUCUCUGUUAAUGAACUGAGGGAUCUGGGCUAUAAGAAGGGAAAGCCUAUGGGCCUGGUGGGAGUGACUGAGCUCUCAGAUGACCAGAAGAAACAGCUCAAAGAGCAACAGGAGAUGCAGGAGAUGUUUGACAUGAUCAUGAAGCAUAAGCGUGCGAUGGCGGAGAUGCAGGUGAUGUGGGAGAAGGCGGUGCAAGACCACUCCCACGAGUACGACAGUGACGAGGAGGUGGACCAGCAGGCUGGCACCUGGGAGCACCGCCUCCGGCACAUGGAGAUGGAGAAAACACGUGAGUGGGCAGAGUCGCUGACUGACAUGGGAAAGGGGAAGCACUUCAUUGGUGACUUCCUACCUCCGGAGGAGCUGGAGAAGUUUAUGGAGACCUUCAAGGCACUCAAGGAGGGCCGUAACCCAGACUACUCGGAGUAUAAGGAGUUUAAGCUGACGGUGGAGAACCUUGGUUUCCAGAUGCUCAUGAAGAUGGGCUGGAAGGAGGGCGAUGGGCUUGGCUCUGGGGGACAGGGCAUCAAGACUCCGGUCCACAGGGGAACCACGGCUGUUGACGGGGCAGGGUUUGGCGUGGACCGGCCCUCUGUGCUCUCAGGACAGGACGAUGAGUAUGAUGCUUUCAGAAAGAGGAUGAUGCUGGCCUACCGCUUCAGGCCUAACCCACUGAACAACCCGAGGAGGCCAUACUACUGAAGAAGAGGUCUGAAGCUUGGCUGACUUCGUCAACUUUUCAUUUUUUAAACAACCAACAGUAGUGUAUUGAUUUCUCUUUGUUGUGGAAACAAACUGUAGGACACUCAGUUCAAGUAAUCUCCUCUAGAUUGUGUGGAAUUGUAUGGUUGGUGAUAAACUGUUUAGGCUGGAGAUUAAGGAUGGAUUUGUCUGAUCUAAAGUUUUCUAAGAGUCAGUUGAUGUUCUUACUGAACUGCAAAAUGAAAGUUUCCUAUUUGAUCAAUCGGACGGCUAGGGUAGAGUUGUGAUGGCUCGCUAUCAUGAUCUGAUUUCACAGUCACGACCCAUAACACAGAACAACCUACACACACACACAUACAUAAAUAGUGGUGGAAUAAGUACCCGAUUGUCAUACUUGAGUAAAAGUAAAGAUACCUUAAUAGAAAAGGACUGAAGUGAAAUUCACCCAGUAAAAUACUACAAGCGUAAAAGUCUAAAAAUAUUUGGUUUUAAAUAUACUUAAGUAAAUGUAAUUGUUUUUUUAGUUUUUUUUUACGAGUAGCCAGGGGCACACUCCAACACUCAAGACAUAAUUUACAAACAAUGCAUGUCUGUUUAGUGAGUCCAUCAGAUCAGAGGCAGAAGGGAAGACCAGGGAUGUUCUCUUGGUAAGUUUGAAUUUCACAAUGUUCCUGUCCUGCUUGCUAUGCAUUCAAAAUGUAAUGAGUACUUUUGGGUGUCAUGGAGACUGUAUGGAGUAAAAAGUACAUUAUUUUAUUUAAGAAUGUAGUAAAAGUUGUCAGAAAUAAAUACAUAUAUAUAUAUAUAUUAGUACAGAUACUUAUGUAGUACUUUAAAGUAUUUUUACUUAAGUACUAAUACACAACUACACAAACAA